GGAUAAGCAAGCGAUUGGAAGGACUUGGAAACUUUAGAGGGGUAGUUCUUUAGAGUGAUCCUCCUCUCUCUAUAGACUCCUUAGCUCGGCUCUCUCAGACUCGCUGUUGCUUUGAUCUCCUCCUUAACAACAGUUAACGUCAUCGCAUAGCCCUCUGAAGGGGAGUUUUGUCUAGAAGGGUGAAGCGUUGGAGCUCUCAGAGGGCUUACACUGUAGGAGCAGCAAGCAGCAUCCACGGAGCCUCACUCACUCCUAACAAGAAGCACAUAUUUUGAUUAUUUAUUCAGCCCAGAAAACGCAAGAUACUACCGCAAAAGAUAUGGAGCACCAGCUGCUGUGCUGUGAAGUGGAAACCAUCAGAAGAGCUUACCAAGACGCCAACUUACUAAAUGACCGAGUUCUACAGACAAUGCUCAAAGCAGAGGAAAAUUAUCUCCCGUCUCCGAAUUACUUCAAGUGUGUCCAGAAAGAAAUAAUACCUAAAAUGAGGAAAAUUGUGGCUACAUGGAUGUUAGAGGUCUGCGAGGAACAGAAAUGCGAGGAGGAGGUUUUUCCCCUGGCUAUGAACUACUUGGAUAGAUUUUUGUCUGUGGAGCCCACAAAUAAAACCAGAUUACAACUCCUGGGAGCUACUUGUAUGUUUUUGGCCUCAAAGAUGAAGGAAACGGUCCCUUUAACUGCAGAGAAGUUGUGCAUUUACACCGACAACUACAUCCGGCCCAGCGAUCUAUUGCAAAUGGAACUACUGACUCUAAACAAGUUGAAAUGGGAUCUAGCAUCAGUAACACCUCACGAUUUCAUAGACCAUUUCCUCUCCAAGCUACCAAUCCAGCAGCACACGAAGCAGAUUCUGCGCAAGCAUGCCCAGACAUUCGUGGCUCUCUGUGCAACAGAUGUCAAAUUCAUCGCCAACCCUCCCUCCAUGAUCGCAGCGGGCAGUGUGGCAGCAGCGGUCCAGGGGCUGUACCUAAAGAGCAAAGAUGGUGCACUGUCAUCCCAGAACCUAACCAACUUUCUGUCCCAAGUCAUCAGGAGUGACCCGGACUGCCUGAAGUCGUGUCAGGAACAGAUUGAGUCUCUGCUUGAGUCUAGUCUGAGACAGGCACAGCAACAUAGUGUCUCCGCAGAAACAAAAAGGGUAGAGGAGGAUGUGGACCUGUCCUGCACCCCUACAGAUGUGAGGGACAUUAACAUUUGAGUGGCAUCUUCCCCAUUUUUUUGGAAAUAUUUUUGAGGCUCUGGCCUUACCAAGAGGCCAUCUGGGAAAAGAGGACACCAGCGCACCCUCGAGUCGUCACCCUCUGAACACACUCUGGCAAAUGCUAAUGUGCCACACCUGUUACGGUGCCCCGGCCUGUAUGGCCUCCCAGUGACGUGUGGCCGCCCUCAGCCAGGGCUGUCAAGAAAGGACUGAACAACUCACUUUUCUGAGACCUUCAGUCAUAUUCCCUCUCACUCUCCCAUCCCGUCUGGCUCAAGACCUAGACAAGGAUGAUAGCAAAAAUGAAUUAUUGUGAAAGAUACACAACUAUAUGGAUGAAACAAAAACGUUAUAGUUUAUGUGCAAGAUUAAGCCACAGAAAUAUACAUUGUUACUACCCAAUGUUGAACUAGGAUUUUUAAAUACCAUAGACUGAUUUUACAUGCUUACUUAAAACAUUUAAAAUAACAAGUAGGUAUUUUUUGUCUGUCUUUUGUGUCUAGGUUUUUAUUUGAAGUAUAAAUUCAUUUAUAAAAGAGAAGGGGCAUUUUUGUUAUCUAUUAGGCAUUUUGCUUGCUAUCAAAGCUCCCGUUUUCCCCCCAGUCUAGUCGUCUGUAUAUCCCUGCUUGCUUAUGCGUUUAAUCACUUUAUUAUAUUGUCUAGACUUCUAAAGAAAUUCUGAGCCCCUAGUUUUGGCCUCUUCUCUUUUUAACUGAGUUGUAUAACUCAACAGUAUACUUUUAGUAUAUAUUGCUCUGUUUUAUUGUUUAGAUUGUGGAUUGCUGAGGUUUGGCAAAUAAGUUCAUUCAUUCUUCAGUAUAAGGACAAUUACUUUAUAUUCAAUUAGGAGUAAAUUGAAUGAACCAGCAUUGCUUGGCUGUUGAUUUGUGAUUAAUUUUGUCCUCAUUGCCACAUAUGUACAUAUAUCAACAGCUAGCUAUGACACAAUAAGCUAAAAUCUAGCAUUAGUUGCAAACCUUUACCAUGCAAUCCAUAGUUCAUUUUUUUUGUGGUUAUAUCUUUCUAAUACCGUUCCAUUUUUAAAAGCACUUUUAGUCAGGUUUUUUUUCUGACUCAUAAAAGAAAAAUCACAAAAAAAAUGGGAAAAAUGGUAUGGAGUGGAGCAGGUCUCUUAACUAUGGUGUUAUGUGUUACAAUUUUGGGUACAAGUCAACGCAGCCCUUACAGAAAUCCCGUGUCCCCUUGAUGUAGAAGGGUAUUAUUUUGGAGAUUGUUAUGCCACAGUUCUUACAGGAGGGGGUCUAGAGUGAGACGAGCGUUGGGUGUGGCAUGUUUCAGCAUCCUGUAUCCCAUCGCUUAAACGGCAUCCAGAGCAUUUGAAACACUAAAGUAUCAAACUUGAAAGCUAAAACAAAGAUUAACAGUGUUUAUUAUGACAUGUUUUCCUCUUGGAGCCAGUGCCGAUUAGAAACAGGAUGCCAAAGUCUGUCUGUACGUAACAUUUUGUACACAACUAUUUACCAGAGUGCUAAACACAUUGACUGCCCUCCAAAUCAUGUGUGACAGUGUUUUCUCAACACAAAACUGAAAGAAAAACACCGUAGUUAAAAUGCUGUUUAGAAUAUGUGUAGUUGAGGGGAUAAAAAUACAAAAAAAAAAAAAUUGGUUUAGAGAUGAUUUUGCACAAA